AGAAACAGAAAAUGAAGAAUUUCUUGAAAGUUACUAUAUGAAUAUUCUGAUGUCUGACUAGACAUAGUAGUUGACUGUCACCUGACAGACAUGGCCACAUGUUAUCCACAAAACUUGUACUUGCAUACAAUCUCUCUUUGAUUACACUCUAACCAAACAGGCAAACACUAUCCACUUAUUCCCUCUUCUUGCACAGUUCUGACACAGAUAACGCACAACAAAAUCAAGAAAAUGUCAGUAGCAUCAUCUCCUACCUUCCCUUGCUUUAAAAACCAAAAUUACCCUUCUUGUUCUUCUAGUUCUUCUUCUUACACUUUAAGAUUCUCUACAACAAACUCCACAAUACUUACAAUAAGGAAUUCUCAAGCUGAAGGUUCAAUUAGAAGACCAGUUGCGCCAUCACCACCUAAGCCUAAUGUUCCACCACCAACCCAAAGUACUACUACUACUACCAGUGCUCCUCCUAAGCCUGUGGCUGUGACAACUUCUGAGGGUAAAAAUGUAAUUACACUUGAAUUUCAGAGGCAAAAGGCUAAGGAACUUCAAGCGUACUUCAAACAGAAGAAGCUUGAAGAAGCUAAUCAAGGCCCCUUCUUUGGUUUUAUUGCCAAGAAUGAAAUUUCCAAUGGCAGAUGGGCAAUGUUUGGUUUUGCUGUGGGGAUGCUAACAGAAUAUGCAACCGGCUCUGACUUUGUCGAUCAAGUUAAGAUUCUUCUCUCGAAUUUCGGGAUAGUAGACCUGGAAUGAGACUUUUUCUGUAUAUGUGUCAUCAUGAGAGCCUAUAGAUUCUCUCCUAAGUAAUUUAAAGUGAUAAAAUACAUUUGUUUCUUGUAACUUCUCUGUCCAAUUUUUCAAGUUUAUUUGUUUGAGCCACAAUUGGAGUACAUUGUAGUACCUUACAGCUUCUUUUACUUUUCAAGAAUAUAAGUCUAUAACUUCCGUAUUA